AUGGCUCCUCUUUCGCUCUUUUUCUCGUCGCUCUUUUUCUCCGCUGCGCUCGGUGCGCCCGCCGCCGCCAAAGGCUCCAACCUGGCGAGAGAUCUUUCUACUGUUCUGUCAUUCAAGCGCGAGAUCGCUGUCGAUCCUUUAAAUCUCACCAAGAGCUGGACCGGAAACGACGUAUGCAAGUUCGCCGGCUUCAGCUGCGGCAAGAACCCCGACACCGGAAUCAAUUCCCUGGGAGGGGUCGAUCUUAAUGGCGCCGGGCUUGCGGGAAAGCAUCUUGUCCUGGACGGUUUCUUCGACAAGCUGCUCGAUCUCGCCUAUUUCCACGUCAACGGCAACGGCUUCACGGGAACAUUUCCCAAGGAUCUCUCGGCCCUCAAGUCGCUAUAUGAAAUCGACGUCGGCAGUAAUCAGCUUUCCGGACCCUUCCCGACGAGUGUCUUUGACCUGAACAUUUCCUACCUCGGUCUGAGUUUCAAUGAGUUUUCCGGCCCGAUUCCGGAAGAGGUCUUCAACCUCGGCUUUGACGCGCUUGUCCUGAACAACAACAAGUUCUCAGGCGGCAUCCCCGACAACAUCGGCUCUUCCCCUGUCAGCGAGCUCGUGUUGGCCAACAAUAAGCUUAACGGAUCUGUGCCCAAAGGCGUUGGAAACAUGAAAUACCUCCAGCAAAUUAUUCUUUCGGGUAAUGACUUGUCCGGAUCGCUGCCUAGCAACUACGCCAUCCAGAACCUCACUGUCUUCGAUGUCAGCGACAACAAGCUGUCUGGGUCCGUUCCCGAAGGACUGUGCAAGCUCGACACCCUGGGCGCCUUGAACCUCUCCAAGAACAACUUCAGUGGAACUCUGGGGCCGGCCUGCACUGCCCUGUUGAACAAGAAGGUUCUCGAUAUCUCCAACAACUGCAUCCAGGGAGUUAAGCACCAGAAGCCUGCCAGCCAGUGCAACCACUAG